UCAUAUGACUAGUGCUUCCGCAGAAUUGGGUACAGUCAUUUACAGUUGUCAACAACAGUCCCAAGUUUUCUGUCCCGAGGUUUAAACUGUGUUCGGGAGGUUGUCACACUGAAUAUGUCAGCCUCAUAAACCUGUUUAGGAUUUCAGCUCACCGUCGUCCUAGGAUAACCGUCGUCAGAUGUUCGUUGCCAUGUCUAGUCUGGAGAGCCUGCGGUCCUCUGUGUUUACCUUUGAGUCCUCCGUGCACAGCUGCCAUGUGCUGCGUUGUCUGGACGACCAGCGGAGGUGUGACCUGCUGUGUGACAUCACUGUGCUGGCCGAAGGGAGGAGUUUCAGGGCCCACCGUUCUGUGCUGGCCUCCUGCAGCGACUACUUCACACACAGGGUCUCCUCCCACGCACCACAGGGACUUGUCGUCACCCUGCCUCAGGAGGUGACGGUGAGUGGCUUGGAGCCCCUGCUGCAGUUUGCCUACACCUCCAAGCUGCUCUUCAGUAAAGAUAAUGUCAUGGAGAUACGCCACUGUGCCUCUAUUCUGGGUUUCAGGGAUCUGGACUCGGCCUGUUUCGACUUCCUCCUGCCCAAGUUCUUCAGCAGCAGUUCGGCCUCCUUCCAGAGGAAGACCUGCUGUAAGACACGGUGCAGGAGACAGUCCCCUGGGCCAGAGCUCAGCGACAUCGACACCAACAAGGAUGUCUUAGAUGAUGACAAAGGGGUCCGGGUGGUUUCUGAUUCGCCCGUUGAACAGGAUGUGGGUGGCCAACCAGCAAAUGGCGAGACGGGACGUGAAAGCAAAAAUCUCACCCCUCCUCCCGAAGCCGAUAUCCAAUCAGACGGUCAGACUGACUACUCCCUACAAUGCCCCAAGUACCGUAAGUUCCAGCAGGCUUGUGGGAAGGUGAGGCCGUGUGUGGAGAUCUGUGUCCCAGAAACAAACCAUGACUCCCCAGUGGUGAGCGAGGAGGGCUGCCCUCUACCCCUGCACCUUCCCACGUUCGUGCGAACCUGUUCCAGUGGUGGAGGAUUUAGGGAAGGUCCUGCGGUGGAGAUGUCUUCUGGAGAAAACUAUUCACUUCUCUCACAGACACAGACUGACCAGGCAGGACAGGGAGAGGCGGAGCAGAGGACUGACCAGGCAGGACAGGGAGAGGUGGAGCAGAGGACUGACCAGGCAGGACAGGGAGAGGCGGAGCAGAGGACUGACCAGGCAGGACAGGGAGAGGUGGAGCAGAGGACUGACCAGGCAGGACAGGGAGAGGUGGAGCAGAGGACUGACCAGGCAGGACAGGGAGAGGUGGAGCAGAGGACUGACCAGGCAGGACAGGGAGAGGUGGAGCAGAGGACUGACCAGGCAGGACAGGGAGAGGUGGAGCAGAGGACUGACCAGGCAGGACAGGGAGAGGUGGAGCAGAGGACUGGAGAAGAGGAUGAUGAGGAGAAGAGAGAGACGAAUGAGGGGAAGAGAAAGAUGGACAAGAGAAGGAGAGAGGCAGAUGAAGAGAACACAGAGAAGUAUGAGAGGAGAGGAGAGACAGAAGAGAGGAGGAGAGGAGAGACAGAAGAGAGGAGGAGAGGAGAGACAGAAGAGAGGAGGAGAGGAGAGACAGAAGAGAGGAGGAGAGGAGAGACAGAAGAGAGGAGGAGAGGAGAGACAGAAGAGAGGAGGAGAGGAGAGACAGAAGAGAGGAGGAGAGGAGAGAGGGCUUCUGGAGUUGACUGUCACAGCUCUAUCCUUCCUCUCGUGGAGGUGUCUAGUGGUCAGCUUGUCAGCUGUGAAGAGAGCCCAGGGUUGGGUACAGCACCACACCGAUGUCCCCUGGAGGCACCCGGGCUGGACAAGCAGAGCUCUGGAGGUGUGGGGGAAGGAGGUUGUGUUCUAGGGGGUAGAGGACACCAUGAAGGGAUAGAUCCAGCUGUCUCCUGCCUGCCACAGACAGAACAGGAGCAGGGAGAGAGAGCGAGGAGAAAGGUGGGGAGAAUGAGAGAACAUGGAAGAAGUGAAAGCGGAGAGAGGAGAGAGCGAGGAUGGGAAGAGAGGAGCAGCGUGGAAAGAGAGGUGGCUGAACACUUGGCUCAUGGCCCCUGGUCAGAGCUCUCCUCUUCUCCUACCCUCCUCCAGGACUUCCCUGGGACUGAGUCUGGGAACCUCCGGAGCAGCAACCCCACCUUGGACUGGCUUCACCAGCUUGACAUCAGCUCCAGUACCGGGGACUGUCCCUUCCUCCACGGCUUGGACAGGGAGACAGACGGAGGGACGGACAGAGGGACAGGGGAGGGGACGGACAGUGGGACAAAGAGCGCAACUGGGCUGGGGUGCGAGGGGUCGUCCCAGUUAGAGAAGAGUCCCUGUGUGUCGUCCCUGACAUCUGGAGACGAUGGAGACUCAGACUGCUUCGAUACGGAGGGAGACAGCGAGUCCUGUUCCUACAGACAGAGAGUCAGGGAGGUGAGUUAAACUAGAGGGAGACAGAGAGUCCUGUUCCUACAGACAGAGAGUCAGGGAGGUGAGUUAAACUAGAGGGAGACAGCGAGUCCUGUUCCUACAGACAGAGAGUCAGGGAGGUGAGUUAAACUAGAGGGAGACAGGGAGUCCUGUUCCUACAGACAGAGAGUCAGGGAGGUGAGUUAAACUAGAGGGAGACAGAGAGUCCUGUUCCUACAGACAGAGAGUCAGGGAGGUGAGUUAAACUAGAGGGAGACAGAGAGUCCUGUUCCUACAGACAGAGAGUCAGGGAGGUGAGUUAAACUAGAGGGAGACAGAGAGUCCUGUUCCUACAGACAGAGAGUCAGGGAGGUGAGUUAAACUAGAGGGAGACAGAGAGUCCUGUUCCUACAGACAGAGAGUCAGGGAGGUGAGUUAAACUAGAGGGAGACAGAGAGUCCUGUUCCUACAGACAGAGAGUCAGGGAGGUGAGUUAAACUAGAGGGAGACAGAGAGUCCUGUUCCUACAGACAGAGAGUCAGGGAGGUGAGUUAAACUAGAGGGAGACAGAGAGUCCUGUUCCUACAGACAGAGAGUCAGGGAGGUGAGUUAAACUAGAGGGAGACAGAGAGUCCUGUUCCUACAGACAGAGAGUCAGGGAGGUGAGUUAAACUAGAGGGAGACAGAGAGUCCUGUUCCUACAGACAGAGAGUCAGGGAGGUGAGUUAAACUAGAGGGAGACAGAGAGUCCUGUUCCUACAGACAGAGAGUCAGUCAGGGAGGUGAGUUAAACUAGAGGGAGACAGAGAGUCCUGUUCCUACAGACAGAGAGUCAGGGAGGUGAGUUAAACUAGAGGGAGACAGCGAGUCCUGUUCCUACAGACAGAGAGUCAGUCAGGGAGGUGAGUUAAACUAGAGGGAGACAGCGAGUCCUGUUCCUACAGACAGAGAGUCAGGGAGGUGAGUUAAACUAGAGGGAGACAGCGAGUCCUGUUCCUACAGACAGAGAGUCAGGGAGGUGAGUUAAACUAGAGGGAGACAGAGAGUCCUGUUCCUACAGACAGAGAGUCAGGGAGGUGCAGCUGCCGUUCUCUGUGGGUCGCAUCGUGGGGUUGAGCAGGAAUGACUUCCAGCUGAUGCUGAGGCACCAGACUCUGACCAGAGAACAGCUGGACUUCGUCCACGACGUCAGACGCAGGAGUAAGAACCGUAUCGCGGCGCAGCGCUGUCGCAAGAGGAAGCUGGACUGUAUACACAAUCUGGAGCAUGAGAUAGACAAACUGAGGACCGAGAAGAACCAGCUGAUAUCAGAGAGGAGCCAUCUGAACCAGAUGAAGCUGAAUACUUGGCACAGUGUGUCCGCUCUUUGUCAGAGAGUCUGCAGCGAGGCCGCCCUGAGACCAGAACAACUCCAGGUCCUAGCCAAGUACUCCUCCCCAGACUGCCCGCUCUCUGCUCUCAUCUCCCCUACAGACCCAACCUCCCCUGGGCUAGGAGGACCACUACAAUCCCAGGCCUCUCCCUAGGCCUGCUCCUCCUCAGGCCUAGCCUCAGAUACCUGUCAGAACCCUUCAGGAACCUUUGGAAUCUUCGGAACCCUCGGCCAGCUGCUCCAGGGACACACCCACAGGGGAGGAGCUCUCAGGUGAUUGAACAAGCCCUCAGGUAUAUACAGCUGUGUGAUCAGUUGACUUGGAUGCCCUGCCCAUGGAUGAGUGUGGGUCUGGACACCUUCAUCAUCGUCAUCAUCACCAUUUCAUAGACUUUCUUCUACAGGCAAAGACACUGUGGUUGUGUUCCAAUAAUCUCUCCUUCCUCAGAGGGGGCGCUCGGUUACUCACUAAAACAUCAGAUUGGUGUAGGCACUGAGCAGGGAUGAAUGAAACAGGAGAGUAUUUUCCCACGGUUGACACGGUUACAUACAAGAUGACAGUAUUUCAACCACAUGAAAAUAUGCAUGCAAGAUGAACUGAAAUCUACCACCAGAGAUAAACUGUGUGUGUGUGUGUGUGUGUGUGUGUGUGUGUGUGUGUGUGUGUGUGUGUGUGUGUGUGUGUGUGUGUGUGUGUGUGUGUGUGUGUGUGUGUGUGUGUGUGUGUGUGUGUGUGUGUGUGUGUGUGUGUGUGUGUGUGUGUGUGUGUGUGUGUGUGUGUGCGUGCGUAUACAGUACCAGUUUUGAGCUGCUCUUGCCAUAAUAUGGACUUGAUCUUUUACCAAAUAUAGCUAACUUCUGUUUACCAUCCCUACCUUGUCACUACACAAACGAUUGGCUCAAACACAUUAAGAAAUUCCACAAACUAACUUUUACCAAGGCACACCUGAUCAUUUAAAUGCAUUCCGGGUGACUACCUCAAAGCUGGUUGAGAGAAUACCAAGAGUGUUCAAAGCUGUCAUCAAGGCGUGGCUACUUUGAAGAAUCUAAAAUCUAAAAAUAUAUUUUGAUUUGUUUAACAUUUUUUUGGUUACUACAUGAUUCCAUAUGUGUUAUUUCAUAGUGUUGAUGUCUUCAAUAUUAUUCUACAAUGUAUAAAAUAGUCAAAAUAAAGAAAAACCCUUGAAUGAGUAGGUGUGUCCAAACUUUGGACUGGUACUGUAUAUACACAUGAGAAGCACUAUAUUUAGUCUGAUGUUUAUCUCAUAGACGAAUAGCCAACAACAUGUUGGAAAUUAGAAGCAGAACUUUAGUGACUUUAGUCAACUAGAUUAUCGAGGCGACCAUUCUAUCGAUUCAUGACACCAGUCUUUUCCCUUCAAAUCCAUGAAGGGAAGUGAACAAGUGCACACUUUUGGGAGAAAGGAGUUGAAAAGUUGGGACGUAACCUGUGUGAAAUAAGACCCUAUUACAAUCCAACCACAACAACCUAUGCAACUUAAUGAAUAUGAAUAUUCAUUGAACAUGAAGAAUGUAAUUACUACUGAAGUUAUAUUUCUCUGUGUCUUCUUUGACAGUUUUACGCCUCAAACCGCUAAUUUGAGUGUUUUGUUACUUGUGCCUUAUUUUGUUAUAACCAGCAUUCCCUUGUUAAUUGAGAAGUUAAUUAAAAUUAUAUGCCAUGUUUUUCAAAGAACUUUGAAAGGCCUUCCUCUGAAUAUGUUCAAUAGCACACAAAGCCAAGGUAACCUUUAGUCAACCUUAAGGGUUAACUUUUGGUUAAGUUAAGGACAGCUGUGGUGAACCUGUGGUCAUUGAUCAUCCAUAUCUAUCUCAGGAGGCGGCUGUGGUGAACUCUGGACCGUGUGUUCUAGAACUCUGAAGGGUUCCGGAAAACAUUACACUUUGAACUGGCUUGGGGGACUAUUACUAUUUUAAAUUCAGGAAAAUUCUAGAAUAUGACCUAUUCCAAAACAUACAACACACCUCAUGGAGAGAGUGUCUUCUCAGGUAUAGCAAUGCAAUGUAAAGAACUCAUAAAAAAAAAAAAAACAAUAAAAAAAACAUCUGUCUUUGUC